AGUUCUCUCUUGCGGGUUUUACUUAUUCCGUUAUUUUUACUGCUUCUUUUGUUUGUUAAAGCGUUUUUUACUGUUUUAAUUUCUCGUUAAAGAUUGUUGCAAUAAUAUGAUGAAAACGAGGAGAGUAGGAAGAAAACAAAAGCUUGCCACAACUCAUCGGGCGCGCGGUGAAGACUAGAAAAAAAAGAAGCCAUUUCAGCGUCGGGCGUGGACAGUGAAGACUAGAAAAAUCUUGAUCGUUGCACAACUCAUCGGACGGUCAUUUUUUCUUUUCUUUUUCUUUUCUUUUGACCCACUCGGACGGCGUUUUUAGAUAAGCGGCGAAAGAAAGUCAAGCCGAGUAAGAUCUUGAUCGUUGCAGCACAAAUAAUCGGACGGUCAUUAUUUCAUGCAGACAAAAGAUAUGUUCUUAGACUUCUCCUAUAAAACGUCGCAUAGAUAUGAGAAGUUGAAAGAUCAAGAAAACAAAAGUGAGAAGAUACAAAAUAUGGAGACUGUUUCCGCCAAAAACCUAACACUCCCCAUCUCCGUCGAUGAAACGGCCAACUUCACCAUAUACUCCUCCGCAGUCCACAAAGUCGUGGUCAUGGUCAACGCCGGAAUUCUAGGAUUACUUCAGCUUGUUAGCCAACACUCCUCUGUUUUGGAAACACAUAAAGCCUCAUUCCUUUGUUUCUGUGUUUUCGUUCUAUUCUACGCCGUUCUUCGCGUCCGUGAAGCCAUAGACGUGCGCCUACGACCCGGUUUAGUCCCCAGACUCGUUGGACACGCGAGCCAUCUCUUCGGCGGUCUAGCAGCUCUUGUGCUCAUCUCGGUCGUUUAUGCCGCAUUUGCUAUCGUUCUUCUUAUUCUUUGGUUUAUCUGGCUCUCGGCAGUAGUUUACAGCACUUUCAGUGAAACCAUGAUCAUGAUCUACUUGGAGACAAACAAACCCAGUGCAUGUUCACCUCAGUUACCACCGGUUUAACAUCUUGUGGUUUUAUGUAUGGAUGGGUGUGAGAUGAAAGUUAAAUGUAAAAUGGAUGAACAAUCAACACGGUUUAGGUAAAACCCGCAGUGACGUU